AUGACUCCGAACGACUUCAUCGACGACAGCGACGGCGACGAGAUCACGAGCAUCUCCUGGCCAGUCGGAGAGUUCAAGAACGUCACGGACGAUGGUGGCGUGCAGAAGAAGCUGUUGACCCCGGGCGAUCCCGAUGCGGGCUCACCGGAGCGCGGAGACGACGUGACGGUGCAUUACACCGGCACGCUCACCGCUGACGGCACCGCGUUCGACUCCAGUGUGGACCGCGGAACGCCUUUCACGUUCCCGCUGGGCAAGAACAACGUCAUCAAGGGCUGGGACGAAGGCGUGAAGACCAUGCGCAAGGGCGAGAAGUGCGUGUUGCGCUGCAGUGCUGCAUACGCAUACGGCAAGUUGGGUUCGCCCCCAAAGAUCCCGCCGGACGCCUCGCUCGAUUUCGAAGUGGAGCUGCUGUCCUGGCGCAGUAAGAAGGACAUCAGCCCGGACGGCGACGGGACCGUGAUCAAGCACGUGGAGGAAGAGGGCAGUGGUUGGGACAACCCCCGCCCGGGCGACGAGGUCGUCUUCGAGGCGCGUGCCCUGACCAAGGCCGGCACCGUCUGGGCCGAAACGCAGGGCCUGCGGACAGCAACAAUCCCAGCCGAGAUCGAUGCCUCCGUGGAGAGCAGCUUCCUGUGUCGUGGCGUGUACAUCGCGCUGCAGAAAAUGAAGGUGGGUGAGCGCGCCAAGGUCGUCGUCAAGCCCCCGCACUACGCGCCAGGGUCCGGAGACGAGACUUCAGCGGCGUUGGAGGUGUCCGUGCACCUGUCCGAAGUGCACCCCGUGUCUGACGUGGUCGGGUCCGCACCCCCUGGGGCGUUGCGGUACAAGAAGCUGCGCAAGGGCGAGGGAUACGAGACGCCCGGGGAGGACUCCGAGGUUGACAUGAAAUACCGUGUCGUCAGCGCGGGAGAGGGCGUUGCCCCAGGGGAGUGGCUCUCGGUUACGUUCCGGCCUGACUCGAUUGACGGGUCUCCGGCUGACAAAGUGCCGCUGGGCGUGGCCAAGCAGGCAGAGCACAUGAAGCGAGGAGAGGGCGGGGAGCUCAUCGCACGCGCAGGUAGCGCUUACUCGGCCGAGGGAGCAGUGUUUGAGUUGGAGAUGAUCGAGUUUCGAAGGGACAAAAACAUGUGGGAGAUGGAGGCUGAGGAGAAGCUAGCGGCCGCCGAGAAGGCGAAAGAAGAAGGGAACGCAUUUUUCAAGGAGCACCGCUGGCAGCUUGCCAAAUCCCGUUACGAGAAGGGCAUCCGUCUCGCUGGCGACGAGUCGGGCGGCGCCGGCGGCCCGGGCGCCCAGUAUCACGACACCGAUGGCACACAUCCCGACUUCCGCACGCUGGCGAGGAUGUGCCGGCUGAACCUGGCAGCCUGCCUGCUGCGCCUGUCCGACUUCCGCGCGGCGGAGGCGGCCUGCACGACGGUGCUUGACCAGGACGCCGAGAACGUGAAGGCCUUUUUCCGCCGCGCCCAGGCAUUUGCCGGGCAGCAGGAGUACGAAUCUGCUGCGCGGGACCUCAAGCGCCUGCUGGAGCUGGACCCCUCGAACCAAUCCGCUGUACAGGAGCUGAAGCGCGUCAAGGAGGCUGACCGCAAGCUGGGACAGCAGCAGAAGGGCAUGUACGCAAGGAUGUUCAAGUAA